UGUCUGCUUGCUGAGGGAAUCGGGCCUGCAGUCCUCAGAGUCGCCUGAUGCCGGUGGCCAGAGGUGGGGACGUCGUAAGCGGUGUGCGAGGAAGCAAGAAUGAGUUAUACAGAAAAGCCUGAUGAAAUUACUAAAGAUGAAUGGAUGGAAAAGCUCAAUAAUUUACAUAUACAAAGAGCUGACAUGAAUCGGCUUAUCAUGAAUUAUUUAGUUACUGAAGGAUUUAAGGAAGCAGCUGAAAAAUUUAGAGUGGAAUCUGGAAUAGAGCCUAGUGUUGACUUGGACACUCUUGAUGAACGUAUUAAAAUUCGUGAGGUGAUACUGAAUGGACAGAUUCAAGAGGCCAUUGCAUUAAUCAACAGUCUCCAUCCUGAGCUUCUGGACACAAAUCGUUACCUCUACUUCCACUUGCAGCAACAGCAUUUGAUUGAGUUGAUUCGCCAACGUGAAACUGAGGCAGCUCUGGAGUUUGCUCAAACUCAGCUUGCUGAGCAAGGUGAGGAGAGUCGGGAAUGUCUUACUGAGAUGGAACGUACAUUGGCCCUAUUAGCUUUUGAUAAUCCAGAAGAAUCACCGUUUGGGGAUCUGCUUAAUAUGAUGCAAAGGCAAAAGGUUUGGAGUGAAGUGAAUCAGGCUGUUUUGGAUUAUGAGAAUCGUGAAUCAACACCCAAGUUAGCCAAACUGCUAAAGCUUCUAUUAUGGGCACAGAAUGAACUGGACCACAAGAAAGUUAAGUAUCCUAAGAUGACAGACCUCAGUAAGGGAACAAUCGAGGAACCCAAAUAAAGGCUGUACGAAGGGAAUGAACAGGAUUCUGGAUUGUCUUCCUGUAUGUUAACUGCUUACAGUGUUUCAGAAAGGACUGUGAUAAAUUCACUAAUAAAUGACAGAACAUGUGAAUAAAACUCUAUGGUUAAGAAUAAUCACAUUUAAGGCUGGGAUGAAGUCCAAAACAUUACCAACGCAGUACAUCAAAGAACGCCAUCAAAUGGUUGCUGAAGGCUCAACGGAUUGCAAGAUUCACCCCAGUCCUAAAUUCAUUUUUAUGGUAACUUAUAAAUUUACCAACUUGGCAUGUUGGACUGAAACUACAGAUUAUUUGGUAUUUACUUUUGGCUGUUGUACAGUUUCUAUUUGCAAUUUUUGUUUCAUAUGCUGAUGUUUCUUAACUGUAUGUUUAUAUUUUCAGAACAUUUUACUAGACAUCUGAUUUUUUUCGCUAAUUAGUCAUAGCUGAGAUUAAUCCUGUACUUAAUUUCUAAUGAGUAUCAUCAAAAAUGUUACUAUUAAUAUGGUAUCCUACUGGCUGCUGUUAAAACUUACCUGGAACCAGUUAAGGAUGCAGUAUGGAUUCUAGGAAUGUAAUUAUUAGAAACAGUUAUUCAUCUUUCUUUUGUCAGCCUCAUUAAAAUGUUCCCUUGUCAAGGAAAAAGUUCACAUAGUUGUUAAUUCUCAUUAAGUAGCCUUGUAUUGAACUAAGCUUGUAAGUCGUAGUAUUUAAUCUCAAUUUUGUAUAUUUUGUGGGAAUGACUCCCUUAGAAGAGUUGAUUGUAUAUAAUGUAGAAAAUAAUAGUCUAAUGAUUUCCCCAAUACAAAAGUGCUUUACACUUGAAAUUCAUGUAAUGUGCUUUUAAACAUUUUCAUUUGUUCAUAACGUGUCAACAUGUUUAAUGUUAAUUUAUCAUUGCAUAGAUCAGCAAGUACUUUGAAAAUCCACACAAGUCAUUCAUAUCUACUUAGUUUGAUAGCUCAAUGCAGACUCUGUCUAAUAUCUUUUAAACAGAGUUUUAAAAGCUUAUUUAAUUUUUCAAAACUUUAUAAUUAGCUUAGAAGGAAAAUUCUAUGUGCAAUCUUCUGUAAAUAUUUCCUAGAGGGACUUUAAAAGUAUAAUAGACGUAAAAAUGAAACUUGUGCUGGCCCAAGUAUGGUGAAAAUACUGUACAAAAAUAGAUGUGAACUCUUUACUUUCGUCCUCAUCACCCUAUUUGUUUUCAAGGUUUCAUAACAAUAAAUUACUUUAGGAAUACACACCUGGAUCACUUCAGUAUAACUGUAAGAAAGUGCAAAUCACAUAAUUGGUAAUCUCUUGUAAACAGGUGGGCCUGUAGAGCAGGUGUUAAAAGUUUUGAGCAAUGCACACAAAAUGCUGGAGGAGCAACAAGCCAGGCAGCGUCUAUAGAGUCGAUGUUUUGGGCUGAGAUCUUCCAU